CCUUCCUCCACCAACGUCCUCAGCGACGCUUCUCUCCCACCACCACUCUUUCAUCGCCACGCCUCUCCUUCUGUCUUCACUGACAGGACGGAAAUGACUUAUGGCCGUGCGAUAGAGUGAAUCGUCUCCUCAUUCAUCAUGAGCUCUUCCACCGUAGUUUCGGCGGCCACGCCGACCAAACACCCCUUUGACCGUCGCAUUGAUGAGGUCAGGCCUUCAAAGACUGACAUCAACAAACUCAUCAUGGACUAUCUUGUCAGCGAAGGGUAUCCGGUCUCUGCCAGGCGCUUUGCGACUGAAGCGAACAUAAAACCCGCUGCGGCAGAGCAGUCUAUCCAAGAAAGGGUUGACAUCCGGAAUGCGAUCCAUGCUGGAGACAUAGAAACCGCAAUCCACAAGAUCAACGAUCUGAACCCCCAGAUCCUUGACCUUGAUCCUUCACUGCACUUUGCGCUAUUGCGCCUUCAAUUGAUUGAGCUCAUCCGCAAAUGCAUGUCGAGUGUUAAUGCAGACAUCACUCCUGCACUCACUUUCGCGCAAUCGGAGCUUGCUCCUCGCGCUCCUUCGAACCAAGAGUUUCUAGAAGACCUUGAGCGUACUAUGGCACUGCUUAUCUUCCCACCGGAGAACCUAACGCCGCCUCUUGCGGCGCUCUUGGAUCCUUCACUUAGGCAGGCUGUUGCUACUCGCGUCAAUGAGGCCAUCCUUUUCAGCCAGGGUGCAAGCCGAGAGGCUAAAAUAAAGCAACUGGUCCGUCUUCGUGCUUGGGCUGAACAGAAAGCCAGAGCAGCGAGGAAGGAACUACCACCCACCCUCAACUUGGGACUGGAUCCCAGCAAGGAUGAGAACGAUGAUGACGACGUAAUGAAUGGUAAUGGGGAAGCGGAUAUCAUGAGGGAUUAACUAUUUGUACUUGCUUGGGAUUAGCGACGGCGUUUUUUUGGCACUUUGACGGCGCAUGAGACUACUACGGAAUAGGCUCACAGGGCAGGCAUUGGAUGGAACAUCUGCAUAUCACGCACUAUUUGCGCGCCAGCAAUCUGGCAACAUAAGAAUAAUCAAAGAUACCCGUUGGGCGUGUUGCCAACGCACGAUCAC